UGAAGAAUGGAAGAUGAGAGGAAUAGUCGUUUGCUUAUUCAAGGACUUCCAAAAUAUAUUGCUGAAAAGCGGCUAAAAGAUAUUUUCUCCAGUCAAGGUGAAGUAACAGACGUGAAAGUAUUGAGAAAAAAAGAUGGUACUUGUCGACGAUUUGGUUUUGUCGGGUUCAAAACUGUGAAACAAGCAAAAGCAGCAAAAGACUAUUUUCACGAAACUUUUAUAGAUACAUCUCGCAUACAAGUAGAAUAUGCUAAACCAGUGGGAGACCAGAAUUUGCCACGUAAAAGGAAACCAAAAUUAGUUGAGAACGAGUUGCCAAAAAGAUACCGAGAAAAAGAGCAAGAAAGAGAUCCUGCUUUUCAAGAAUUUCUACAAGUUAUGAAACCACGAAAGAAGAAAGCAAUAUGGGAGAAUGAUUGGUCGGUUGAUAUUUUUGGAAAGAACAACAAGGAGACCAACAAUGCAGGAAGAGAAGAAAGGAGAUUGGUUGCUUCUAAAAAGCCUGGUGGUGAAGACGUAGCUUAUGAACAACUUCACGUUCGUUUUGAUGAAGAAGAUAACAGCAGCGAAUCUUCUUCUUAUCAACAAUUGGAAGAGUCAGUGCCCGAUGCGCAACAAGAAGACUCCACUAGUCUAUCUUCAGUAUCUUCAGAAAAAGAAGAAGAGAAAGUGGAAAAUGACCAACAAGAAGAAUAUAGUAAUGAUGAAGAAUGGUUGGAGUCCAAGUUGAGUAAACCGAUCAUACCCAUCGAGCCAAUGAAGAAGAAUGAUGAAAUGGUUGAGAAGGAAAUAACAUUGACCGAGAAUAACGAUACAAAAUCAGAAAAUUUUUCUGUAGAGAAUACAAAAGAUUCCACAAAUAGUAACUCAUCUAAUGUAUUGGAGACCGGACGUUUGUUCGUUCGUAAUCUGGCAUAUUCUGUUACGGAUGAGGAGUUAACAAAACUUUUCGAAAAGUAUGGUUUAUUAUCGGAUGUUCAUGUCUGUAUCGACUCAGAAACUCAAAAAGCGAAAGGCUUUGCUUUUAUAACUUUUGUGCUUCCUGAAAAUGCUGCACAAGCCAUGGCAGAACUGGAUGGUCAUAUAUUUCAAGGUAGAUUGUUACAUAUUUUACCUGCCAUGGCUCCCAUUAGAAAUGAACAAGAAAGAAAGACUAGUAACUUGUACAAAGAUGAAAAAUUGGCAAAGAUGAAACAAUCUGCAAAACUUGGCACAGACAGACAAGCAUGGUCAUCACUUUAUAUGUCUACUGAUGCUGUAGCUGAUUCAAUUGCUCAAAACUUUCAAGUUUCCAAGUCACAAGUAUAUGAAAAUCUUCAAGAUUCGGGUACAGCUGCUGUUCAGUUAGCUAUUGGAGAGGCGCAUUUGCAGGAAGAAACUCGGCAACUCUUCCAAAGUGCAGGAGUGAAUGUAGACGCUCUGAAUGACUCGAAAGAUGGUCCACGUUCGAAGACUGUUAUUUUGGUGAAGAAUUUACCAGCAACUACUUUGGAAAAGGAGGUAGUUGACUUGUUUAUGAAAUUUGGUGCUUUGAGACAAGUUAUUAUGGCUCCUUCCUGUCUGAUUGGUUUAGUAGAAUUCAUCGAGGCAAAUGAUGCCAAACGUGCUUAUCGAGCAUUGGCUUAUUCCAAGUUCAAAGAUCGACCUUUAUAUUUGGAAUGGGCUUCGCAAGACAUAUUUCUUAUGAAACCAAGUUCAGACUCGAAUGUAAUGAUGAUAGAAGAGAAGCAGGAAGAAGAUGAACCAUCAUCGAAUAAUUUGGAUAGGAUAGGAAGAACUAGUUUAUUUGUCAAAAAUCUCGACUUUAAUACAACAGAAGACCAAUUGAGAAGAGUCUUUGAAAAGGUAGCUCCUGUAAGAUCCGUAACCAUUGCAAAGAAGAACAAAAUUUCUGCAAGUGCUCCAGUUUCAUUAGGUUUUGGUUUUGUGGAAUAUGCUACGGAAAAGGAUGCACAACGAGCUUUGAAUCAGUUGCAAGGUACAGUUAUUGAUGGCCAUGCCGUUGUAUUGAAACUUUCGGAACGUAGCGGAGGCAAGAAGAUAUCAGAACCUAAGAAGGUGUCCGAUUCUGUCUGUAACAAAUUAGUGUUCGACUACCUCGUAAACUGGAUGGCACUCAUCGUGGCUUUGGUUUUGUCGAGUUUCUAAGCAAGAGGGAUGCAGCUGCAG